CCCGAGUUAAAAAAAUGUAUGGACAAGAAGUUGUCAUUGAAAUUAAAUGGUGGCAGACAUGUCCAAGGAAUAUUGCAGGGAUUUGAUCCCUUUAGGAAUCUUAUGAUAGAUGAAUGUGUGGAGAUGGCAACUAGUGGGCAACAGAACAACAUUGGAAUGGUGGUAAUACAAGGAAAUAGCAUCAUCGUGUUAGCAGCCUUGGAACGAGUGUAA